UACUGAGUGGUUUAAAAGGAGAAGUGUGCAUUUAGGGCGUUGGCAUUUAGAAGUGAUAUGCUUGGGGUGUAGGAGAAACAAGCCAGACGCUGCACUGAAAAGAAAACUCCUGAAUUUAAGAAUGCUGUUUCAAAUCUACUCAUCUCGUCCUUAAAGAGAGAGGCUGUCAUAAUAAUCCUGACUGAGGAGAGACAGAGAGCUCCAACACAAUGGAGGAAACCAGAGAUGAAGACAUGGAAGGUUAUUGGGAGGAGGCAGAAGAAAGUCCACCUCCAGCAUCUACUGACAGCAAGAAUGCAAAAGAGACACAACUGGAGAGCCUGUUGAAGGAUCUGGGACUGGAGCAUCACUUCAAGGAGAAGCUAUCCCUGAGUGAAAUACUCCAGAUCAAUAAGAAGACCAUCACUGAUGAACCCACCAGCUGUAAUUCAGAUCUUCCAUGGUAUUUUCUAAAGAAACUGAUGAUGGUUAAUGUGACGGGUAGAAAUGUAAAGUUCACAUCUGAAUGUGAAUCUGCCUGUGAUGCUGAAUCAGAAGCAACAGAUAGAGAUAUUGAUGAUCUUUUUGGAGAUCUGCAGUCAGGUGACAAGCUGAACCCUCUUGACAUAAUCACUGCUCUCUUUCUGUGUUCUGAUGGUUUUGUACAACAAGAAAUGGCCCUCAAAAUGUCCAUGUGCCAGUUUUCUGUGCCUCUGCUGCUUCCUAAUUGUGACACAGAGCAGUGCACACUAAUGCUUUGGGCCAUGAGAGACAUAGUGAAAAAGUACAGACCUUCAUCACUUUCAGAAUCCAAGGGCUUUAUUGAAGACAGGAUUGUUGUCUCUAAACUUCCAAUGGUUUCCUUUGUGAGACUGGGUGAGUGCUCCUUGUCUAAGUCAGAGAUCCUCAAUAAACUUCUGAGUAAUUCUCAGCAGUACCAUGAUACAUUCAUCCACAGUGACAUGGAAAAUGGUGCCUGUCCAAGAAGAAUAUCUAAUGGACUGACUGAAGUUACCUGGUAUCUACCUUGUGGGAUCAAAACCAUGGAUGUUUUCAGUGAGCCAGUAGCUGUAGCUAACCUUCGUGGAGACAGUGCUUCAUUUGAGACACAGUUUUCUUUUCUGUGUCAGACAUCUGCAGCAGUUUUUGUGUUCUUUGACAAUCUGGACCCUGAGUGCAACCUGCUCACAAACCAAAACCACAAGGCACAGAUCUUCCUCGUGGGAAACCCUCAGAGCCAGAAAUGCUCUGAUACUCUGAAGAAGGUGGCAAACAAGCUGAAACUGAAAAAAAGCAACAUCCUUUUAAAGACCAAGCAAAUGAAUGAAGCAGACUUUAUCGAAAAUCUACGUAAAACAGUCAACAGUGUGGUGGAGAACUCAGAGAAGAAGAUGAACAUUGAACAGAUGGCUGACAUUGCCCAUGAACUGGGGAUCUGGGUUGAUGAAGACCGUCAAGAGUGUCAGACAGCAAAGAAAAAUGCAGAUGCCAUCACUGCACAAAUUCAAGAUAUCCUGAAAUACAAAGAAGAUCAGCUAUCAUUGCAGGGAGAAAUAUGGAAGGAACUGACCAGCAAUGAGAAGGAAAUGUUCAGGCUUCGAAAUGUUGGGUCUGAAAACAUUGAAGAGUACAAAAGUGAUCUUCAGAAGAAGCAAAAAGAACUUCGGGCACAACAGAACUCUUACAAUAUGUCUGAUGCAAUGACAUGUUUCAUCAACGCAAUAUCAACACCAGGUAUUGAGAGAUGUUAUUUCUUGAAAUGGAUGAGGAUGAACCUUGAUAAUCUGUCUCGAGAGAAACUGUCUGGCCUCAGAGAGGCUUACAAAAACAAAAACAAAAGUCCUGAAAACAAAGAGGAAAUAAAAAAAAUCGACCAACAACUCUCCAACAGCUCACUUGGGAUUGAACACUUCUUCCGUGAAAUGGGUCAGAUCUAUGAAGCCUCAGUUUCUCUCCAACAAACAAAUCCAUCACGUCAACAGUUAGCUCAUCUGCCCAGACUGUGUGCAGGGUUGUUGCUUGAUGGAUUUCCUCUGGAGCUUGUAGAUGGUGAUGCUUCAAACAUUCCUCUCAGAUGGGUAACUGAUGUUCUGGCUCAGCUCAAUGACUUGGUGUCUCCUCAGAGCAAGAUACUGGUGGUCACAGUUCUUGGAGUUCAGAGUACAGGGAAGUCUACUCUCCUCAACACCAUGUUUGGAGUACAGUUUGCAGUCAGCAGUGGUCGAUGCACCAGAGGUGCCUUCAUGUUGCUCAUCAAAGUCAAUGAAGACAUCAAACAAGAACUCAACUGUGACUUCUUGGUGAUCAUUGACACUGAGGGCUUAAAGUCACCAGAGCUUUCAAAACUAGACAACAGCUUUGAGCAUGACAAUGAGCUGGCAACACUUGUUGUGGGGUUGAGUGACAUCACUAUCAUCAACAUUGCAAUGGAGAACUCCACAGAAAUGAAGGACAUCCUGCAGAUAGUUGUGCACGCCUUUCUCAGAAUGAAAUCUGUGGGCAAAAAACCCAGAUGUCAGUUUGUUCACCAGAACGUGGCAGAUGUAUCAGCCCCUGAGAAGAACUUACGAGAAAGAGAACUGCUCCUGGAACAGUUAAAUGAGAUGACCCAGGCAGCUGCCAAAAUGGAGAACAAGGAGGAGUACAAGAGCUUCACUGAUGUGAUGGAGUACAGUCCAGACACUGGGAACUGCUACGUCCCAGGACUCUGGAAUGGGAGCCCACCAAUGGCACCAGUUAAUGCAGGGUACAGUGAGGUCACUUAUGAGCUCAAGAAAAAUAUUCUUAAAGUCCUGGGAGAUUGUGAGUCUUCUUCUAACAAUCUCCUGGAGUUUACAGAGUGGAUAACAAGCCUGUGGAACUCUGUUAAACAUGAGAACUUCAUCUUUAGCUUCAGAAACAGCCUGGUGGCUGAUGCAUACAUGAGGCUCUGCACAGAAUUCAAUAAAUGGGAAUGGGAGUUCAAAACAGGCAUGUACUCAUGGACAAAAACAGCAGAAACUAAGAUUUCUAACUUUGGCAGAGUGAAAGCUGAGGUUUCUGACAUUGGACAACUACUCACCAAUUUGAAAAGUGAAGCAUGCACAGUGCUGUCUGAAUGGGAGACAAAGCUUCUUGAAAAUCUGAAGAAGUACUUCAAGCAAGCAGGGUGUCAUGUCAGUCUUGUUGAAGCAUACAGAGAGGACUUUGCAAACAGUGCAAGGAGCCUUCGUAGAGAAAUGGAAAGCUCUGUAUACAACCAACUCACAGUUGCAGCAGAAACCAGAAAAGAAAUGAUAAAACUUGACAGAAUCAAGGCGAACCACACAAAAGAAUUAGAAGAGAGAGUACUAGCACUGAUCGAAGAAUGCAGAAAGAAAAAAGUGGACAUGGCAGAAGAAAAGCUGGAUGAAGAAUUUGAGAAGAUGUGGAACAAAAUGUUGAAGGAACAAGUCCUUCACAAACAAGAUACCAUGGAUGUCAUGGGAAAUGUAGCCCACUACCUGAGAGAAAAUCUAAAACGCAAGGGUCAAGCGUGUGAACUGCUGAGUCAAAAAAAGCUGCAGGAUUGUGGAAAAAUGCCUUUUAAACACACAGCUGAUGGACGCUUAAAGAAAAUGAUGCACUCAGUCAGCAAAUUUUUCAGCAUUGAAGAUCAUAUUAUGGUGCUACGACGAGUAGCUGAUGGUAUCAUAAGGGAUUGCGCACACUUUGUGAAGGAAAAAGUGGAUAGAAAGAACAACUACCACAGCACUUUCAUCCAGGAGAUCCUUCACCUGAUCGAUGAGGGACUGAAAAACCACAAGGAUGUGAAGAUAGAGAUAGACUUUGAGGUUUCUCUGAAACAGCACAUCUGUGCAAAUGCAGCCAGAAAGUUUCAGAAAAUGCAUGGAGAUUUCAUUCAAAGGAAUGAUCCCUCCAGCUGUCUCAAACAAAACAAAGAGAGGUUCCGCGCUAACUUCAAGGAUGAGUUCUAUGAACUAGACCAGAGCCAGAAGAAGGCAGAAGAGUUCACAGAGCACUGCCUGAAACCGGCUGUUGAAGACUUUAUCAACCGUUCAUUGGGUCCUGAUAUCACUGGAGAAAUGAUGACAAAGUUCCAGUUCAGCACACGAAUGUUCUUCCAGUACUCAGUCUUACUAGAUCUGCUUUCAAAGAACAACUUUAAAGACUACCACAGCUACAUCUGCUCAUAUGAGCAGUAUGUGAAGGAAUGGAUCAGGGAUGAAAUGUUAAAACUCAUGACCAAUCAGUCUGAUAAAAUAUUAGAGUUUGAGGACCAGCAUCUCAGGUCAAGUAUCAGGAGCAUAAAUGAUGCGAUACACACAGCUCAAGCAAAGAAAGGUAGCAACCUGCAGAACUUGAUUCAGGAUAUCCGUCAGGAACUUGGUGAAAAACUGGUCAUUUCUGAGGAUGCUCUCGGUCCUUUCAUGAUCUUGAACAACGUCAAACAGGAACAGUUUGCUCAGUGGCUCACUGUGUCUGUGAAGGACAUGGAAGAAGCUCUUAGAAAGCAGUUUAAAAAGACUAACAUCAAAACCAAGCUCUCAAACCUUCAUGUAAAUCCUGAGAAUGAGCUUUACAAAAGAGUCAUUGGAUGUAGCAAACAGUGUCCAUUCUGCUCAGCUCCCUGUGAGGCAGGAGGAACUGACCAUAAGCAGCACCAAACUUCAAUGCACUGGCCAGAGGGUCUGGGCAGAGUCAGAAAAAUCUCAUCACAAAGACUUGCAACUAGUAUAUGCACUACAUCAGUGAGUAGUGACCGCUCAUUUCGCUGUAAUGCCACAAAUGGUGAACGUCACCCUUACAAAGAGUACACCAAGAUCUUCCCUGACUGGCGGAUUGCUCCAGAUAACAGCCUUCAGGCUUCAGACUACUGGAAAUAUGUACUGAACAGGUUCAACAGAGAGUUUGCUGAAGCAUAUAAUGCAAAGCGUGCAAAGAUCCCAGACACUUGGAAAGACAUCACACCAGAACUUGCAAAAGAGAGACUGAAAAAGUCAUUCACUGUGAAAUAAGACAGUAUUAACAUUGCCGCUGUCUUACAUUCAGCAUGCACAGACGCACUUCUAUGUGAAGGUGGCACAAACACGGACGUGGUGUUUAGGAAAAGAGAAAGCGAAAAAUGUCAGUAGUACAACAGUAGUAGAGACUGACUUUUUGACUCAUUUUUUAGUUGAUCGGGAGUUUAUAGGUGUCCAUGUUCAUGCUAAGAUGCAGUACAAUCAUGGUAAAGGGCUCCAUACUGAUUUAAGACAACCUGAAGUCUGUGUGACCUGGUCACUGCAAUAAGUCAGCUAAAAGGACUCAGCUAAUAAAAUGUGAUAAAAUAAUCCAAAAGAAGUUUACCUAUGAUUAUGUCUUUUUUUCUUUAAUGGAUUUUUCUGCAGAAACCAAAAGCACAUUUGCCGUUCUGUUCCUUUCAGUAUGUGUAUAACUAUCAUUAUAGGGCAGGACAAUAUCUUUCAAUCUGAUUUAACAUAUUAAAAUACUUCAAGUUGCUUUUUGUUAUGGUCCUUAAGUAUAUAACACAUGUACAAUACUUGUAUACAACACAAUGUUUGUUUGUCUCUCAUCUGUGAUCAGGUUUUCCUUUCUUGUGUGAUCUUUCUCAUGAAAACCUAUUAUUUACCCUUUAAAAAUCAUCUUAAAAGUCUGCAUGUGUACAAAAAUUACAGAUUGUUAUGUUUAUCUCUUCAUGUAUUAUUCUGUGAAAAUCUCUGUCUUUUACAUUUGGUGAUGUUAACAUUUAUUCAUGACAGAAAUUGAAGUAAAUCAAAUCUGGAUCAAAUCAGAGCUAUCGUCAUUACUCUUUAUCUCAGAAUUUACACUUUACUGUUGUUUUUUAUUUGUUGGUUAAUAUUGCGUUUUUUGGCAUUUGAAAUUUGAUGAGUUUAUGUUGGGUAAUGUUGAAUGAAGUGUUGUCAGCAUAGCAUAUAUAUUUUCCUGGGAAAUGAUUUACUAAAGCAGUCUGAUGACUCGAAAAGUGCUAUACAAGCGAAAGUCUAUUUACCAAUAAAGAUCAUAA